CAAACAACUCCACUCGGAUAAAACGUCUCUCUUUUUUUCCGCCCUUCCUCACUGAGCCUUGCUUAUCAGGAAACAUGUCAAAGAAGGAAAUUAUCUACUCUGACAAAUACAACGACGACGCCUUCGAGUACAGGCAUGUGGUGUUACCGAAGCAGCUGUCCAAACUGGUGCCCGCCUCGCACCUCAUGUCCGAGGAGGAGUGGCGGGGCCUGGGCGUGCAGCAGAGCCAGGGAUGGAUCCACUACAUGAUCCACAAACCAGAGCCUCACAUCCUGCUCUUCAGAAGGCCUCUCGCCAAGCACUAAUUAAUGCUAGAGCCUGGCUGCCAUUUUGUGUUUUUCUCUUCCUCCUUGUGUAGGUCUUUAUUACAACUUCAUUACAUUGUAAUUGUACAAGGUGAAUUCUGUCCUCUUUGAAAUUCUCUCACAUGAAAGUGAAAAUGUUCUCAUCCGUCACAUGAAGCUUAAGUUGUAUAUUUUGACUACAAUAGUACAUUUGCUCUGUUCUUUUUUGUUUGUGGAUUGAUGGUACAAAAGUUUUACUUUUCGUUUUUUAAGCUUUAUAUAAGUGUACUUUCGUUGUAUUCCAUGGUUGUAAAUAUUAAAUUUAAGUAUUUCUUUUCCUCAACAUGUGUGUGAGUUGAACUAAUUAAAAUAUCAAUACGCCAA